AUGGAGGUGGAGUGGGCGUCGCGGAUUUUAUCCCAGCUUCUGAUUAAGGAGAAGUGCUUGAAGGAGAAAUACGUUUUCAAUUUGCUAAAAAAAUUUGGAGACGUGAACCACAUAAUUCAGCACGCGAAUGAGCAGCUGGAGUCGCUCGGGUUUAUCAUAAAUAACGAACUGAUAAACGGAGAGGAAUACUUCAUAAUCGGGUGCGAGAAACUGACAAUCCCUAGGAAGAGCGGCCAAGCGGACAUGAUGUCCCCUGAGUCCACUCAUCUUAACAUUAAAGAUGAACAUCUCUUCAAUUCUCUAUUUAAGACGAACGAAAUAAGUUUGUAUUACUUAAUUAUUGAUUACAUAAUCAGUAAUAAUCGGUACUUAAGUGUGGACAGGGGGGACGUAACUUAUGAGUCCUUGUGUGUUGAGUUAAACAUAAAAAAUGCCAACGUGCAGAAGGCUAUACUUAACAAAUUGGUGGCUCACAACUGGCUACGAAAGGAACAGGAAGAAUUAGCCUUGGGGCUCCGUUUUUUUACGGAUCUGAUAAAGUACUUCCCUCUUACCAACUUGGACAAAUGCUCACUCUGCAAUAACGCGAUGAUUGUGGAGAGCAGGCAAUGCACCAACUGCUUAUCUCUUUAUCACAUCCACUGUUUCAACGCUCUUGCGAACAAGCUGGCUCUCUGCUUCAUCUGCAAGAAUUCCCUCUAA